CUGAGUUAGACGUGUAGUGUAGUUUAGCCUUACAAGGAGCUUUCAAACAACACAUUUCAAGCCAAGAGACAGUUCUAGUCAUGUCUGAUGGCCCAGGCGGUUUUGAGAUGGAGGAUGAUGAUGAGUGCUGGGCACAGCUGGAGGAUUACAGAAUGCUUCUCAUCAAGACCAUUGAGCCCUCCAGGAUAACGCCUUAUCUGAGACAGUGUAAGGUGCUGAGCAGUGAAGAUGAGGAACAGAUCUACAACGACCCCAGUCUGGUUAUCAGACGGCGAAAAGUUGGUGUGCUGCUGGACAUUUUACAAAGAACUGGACUGAAAGGAUACGAGGCAUUUCUAGAAAGUCUUGAGCUUGAUUAUCCAGACGUGUACCGCAAAAUCACCGGCAAAGAACCUGCUCGGGUCUUCUCCAUACUUAUUGACACAGCCGGGGAAUGCGGACUCACUCAGUUCCUCAUGAGCGAGGUGUCUCGCCUACAGAAGCUCGCACAGGACGAGCGGAGGGCGAGGCGCGAGAUGUCUGCGCAGGCGGCGGAGCAGCUGAACACCAUCCGCCAGCUGCAGCUGUGCGAGACUGAGCUGCACAAGCAGCAGGAGCGCGUGCAGCGUAUGCGAGAGGAGCGCGCGCAUGUUUGCGAGGAGGCGCGUAAACUGAGAGACGAGAAUUACCGACUGAUGCACGAUCUGACCCGACUGAGCGAAGAGAAGAACUGUGCGCUCAUGAGCAACCGAGACCUCCAGCUGGAGAUUGAGAGACUAAAGCACAGCUUAAUGAAUGCAGAGAGUGACUCAAAGAUUCAACGUAAAAAGACAAUAACCUUGAAAAAUGCAAUGGAGCAGAGGCCGAGUCAAGAGAUGAUUUGGCAGAUGCAGAGGGAAAAUGAUCUCCUCACUGCCCGUAUACAAGAGCUUGAAAGUGCUUCCAAGGAGCAUGAAAAUCUUGAUCCACAGUCCUUAGAGGAUUUUAAGCAACAGAGUCAGGCUCAAUACCAAGAGCUGGUGAAUGACGUCUACAAUAUUCGCAGAGAUCUCCAUGAUGUAGAGAAGCUACGUGAUAAGUAUCGAGAGGAGAAAGAUGAGUUGGAACUGAAGUGCACAAUGUUAAAGAAGGACUCCACAAUGUAUCGUGACCGAAUGGAAGACAUCCUGAAGCAGCUGGAAGAGGUCAUCAAAGAAAGAGACAUGGCUAUUUCUACGAGAGAGGAUUACCAUUUGGAGAACUCAAAAAACCUUCAAGACAAGGACCAGUAUCGCAAACAGAUCCGGGAGAUGGGAGAGCGCUAUGAUGAACUUCAAGUCAAGUUGUUCCGAACUCAAGGCGAAGUUCUUGCUCUUCAAGCAAAACUCCGUAAACAGAAAACCCCAAUUCAAGUGAACUCAGAAGACAGUUCCUUGCUGAGUUCGUUUGAGCUGAAAAGUCAGACUAGUGAGGAGGAGUGCAGAGAGAGGUGUGAAAAGGACAUGAGUGAAGAGUCACAGAGCCAAACAUCUGGGGAGUACAAUUCUUGUUUGUUUCCGGAAAUUUUUCCUGAGGAAGACAUAUUAACUAACAGCAAAAUUAGAGGACGAUGCAACUUCUAUUACAGGAGGAAACGUGCACUAAGAACCAAAAGGUUCACAGUUAAAGAGAAUGUGCAGUCCAACCUGGACAACACUACUGGGAGUGAUACAGAUGGGAUGUGACACACUGCUUUGGACAAGAAAUGUGGCCUGUUCUGAAGACAUCACAUAUUUGACUAUCAUAGUUUUCUUACUCUAAAAGUAUUUUCAGUCAGUAACUGAUAUUGUUGAUGAGUCUAAUCUGACAAAGUUUCUCUUAUUUAUUUGUACUGUACAGUAUGUAGUAUAUGAAUCAUUAUCUGUUCGUACAAUGUACAUGAUACAACAUAGUGCAUUUGUUUUCUAUAUUGUUUCAUGAAAUUUCUUUGAACUUUAAAAUGACAUCCAAAAUUCAUGUCCAAAUAUUUGUUGCUUUUUUUAAUUAAUUUAUGCAUUUUACAGCAG